AUGGGCGAAUGGGAUGUGCUGGGCCGCCUGCUGGAUAAAGUUCAGAGUAACUCGACGGUGAUCGGCAAGGUCUGGCUCACUGUGCUGUUUGUCUUCCGCAUCCUGGUCCUGCGCACUGGAGCCGACAAGGUGUGGGGUGAUGAGCAGUCCGACUUUGUCUGCAACACCCUGCAGCCCGGCUGUGAGAACGUCUGCUACGACCUCGCCUUCCCCAUCUCUCAUGUUCGCUUCUGGGUCCUUCAGAUUAUUGCUGUGGCCACUCCAAAGCUGCUAUAUCUUGGUCACGUACUCCACGUGAUCCACAUUGAGAAGAAGAUGAAGGAGCGGAUGAAGAAGCAAGUCGAGUUGGACGACCAGGCCAGUCUGUUCCUCAGGCGGGCCUACAAAGUUCCCAAGUACACAAAGAGUACUGGCAAGAUCAGCAUCCGUGGCCGUCUCCUUCGCAGUUAUGUCCUCCAUCUCGUGGCCAAGAUUGUCCUGGAAGUUGUGUUCAUCAUGGGUCAGUACUUCCUGUACGGCUUCACCCUCCAGAGUCGCUACGUGUGCAACCGCUUCCCGUGCCCUCACAAGGUGGACUGCUUCCUGUCAAGGCCGACAGAGAAGUCGGUGAUCAUCUGGUUCAUGCUGGUGUCGGCGUUCGUCUCCCUCCUCCUCAGUGUGAUUGAGCUGUUCUACCUGUGCGUGAAAGCUGUGAAGGAGUGCAUGACGAGGAGGCAGGACUACACCGUGACCCCGGUGACGCCUCCACUUUUGGAAAGGAAAGCUUUUAAAAGCCGCGACGAGAUGCUCCAAAAUUGUGUCAACCUGGAGUUGGAGCUCCAAGGACGGAAGUUAGGGGUGAACGGGGUCAAAGGCGGGGUCAACGAGGCUGCUCAGAACGUGUCGCCUGAGAGCAACAACAUGGGAGGGGAGGUCCACAUCUGA